AAGGAACAGAAACAAAACCGAAUAAACCGGCAGUUUGGGAAAUGGCAGGCGGGUAGUUUGGGUUUUGUUCUUAAGGGGAGAGGAAGGCUCAGGAGAAGGCGCAUGCGCCAAUCUCUGUACGUGAAAGCGCUCAAUAAAGGCCUUAAUUAGGAGCAGGUCUGGUUGUGCCGCGACUCGCUUUUAAUUCUUCAUCUGGUUGGAGCCGUGCAGCUGCCUCGGUUCCCGCCGGCGUUUUUCCCAGGCGGCAGAGUGACGUUGAAGUGCCCACGGGAGUGCGGGGCAGGCAGAUGUUCCCCCGGGGGAGCUCUUCCGCGGGCGCCCCAGUUCCCGCUUGCGACAAUGAUCAAGAGUCUUAUGAAUGUCCAUUGUGUCAUCUUGUUUGUACUGACUACCCGGUUCUACAGGAACAUGUAGAAUUGCACUUGGAGGAAUCCAGUUUUUUAGAAGCAAGAAACUUGAGUGAUGUAGAUCUGGCACAGCGUAUCCAGAAUGAGGAAGUUAGACAGCAAAAAGAAGCAGCAAGACAAGAGAGAGAAGAUUUUCAAAAGCUGCAGAGACAAUAUGGCUUGGAUGGUUCUGGAGAUUACAAACAGCAGUUACUGAAGAACAUGGAAAAGGAAGUAGCUCAAGGAAGAAUGCAGCCAUCUGAGUAUCAUAAGAGGAAAGCUGACAUGAUGGAAUCUUUGGCCUUUGGCAUUGAUGAUGGAAAGACACGGACUUCAGGCAUUACUGAAAUGCUCAGCUGUUACUAUCAAAAUGAAAGUAAUGACAUAAAACAAGUUUGGCUUUCUGUAGGAGCGGAUCAUUUCCAUUGCUCUUUAGGAGACAGAGGCUGGGGUUGUGGUUAUAGGAACUUUCAGAUACUACUUUCUUCUCUCCUGAAGAACAGGAUCUAUCAAGACUGCUUAAAAGACCAUCUGUCAAUUCCAUGUAUUCCAAAAAUUCAGUUGUUGAUUGAAAAUUCCUGGAAAGAAGGUUUUGAUCCUCAAGGAGCUUCUCACUUUGACAACAGAUUACAGGGUACUAAGGCAUGGAUAGGAGCAUGUGAAAUUUAUUCACUUUUAACUUCUCUCAGUCUAAAGUGUCAAAUAAUUGAUUUUCACCAGCCAACGGACCCAUCAGGAAAGCACCCUCGUUUGUUUGAGUGGGUACUGAAUUACUACAAAACAGACAAGGAAAACACUGCAAAGGUAGUAUUUACCUCCAAACCUCCAAUCUACCUUCAACACCAAGGCCAUAGUCGUACUAUUAUUGGAAUAGAAGAAAGGAAGAACAAAAGCUUGUGUCUACUAAUACUUGAUCCAGGCUGUACCUCACAAGAAAUGCAAAAACUCUUAAAAGGCGUUGAUAGUAAAAGUCUGAAGUUGCUUCAGAGAUUUGUGACUGGUUUAAAACAUAAACAGUACCAAGUGGUGGCCAUAGAUGGUGUGCUGUCAGCAGAGGAAAAAGCCGCUCGUCGGCAGGCUUCUCAGCUCUUCGUAGCUCAAAGGAUUCCUUGAAGGAUGGAACAUUGCAACCUUUUUUUGUUUUUGUUUUGCAAAAGAUAUUUUGGUGCAUUCACAUGUAUUCCUGUGACAUAUUUAGUGUACUAAAUAUUGCAAAAUAAAUUUUGAAAAAGAA